UUAUCAGUAAAAUAUAAUUUUGCUUUCGUGUGAUAUUAGUUUGUAAUUUAGUUAAAUUUAAUUAGAGUUUAGUGGAUAUUUGGACGGCUUAUAUAGUGUUGUGGCAGCCGUGAAGAUGGAAGAACAAGCAGAGAUCAAGGAGCGGCUGCAGAGGGCGCCGUUCGAGACCGCGCUUCAUCAUGCUGGCUAUGGCUGGUUCCAGUGGCUGCUGCUGGGGUCGUGCGGUGCUGUGUACGCGGUGUGUGCGCUCAGCACAACCACGCUCAGCUUCGUCUUACCUGCUGCAGAGUGUGACUUCAUGCUCUCAUCCUCAGAUAAAGGACGCCUCACCGCCACACCGCUCAUUGGCAUGUGCGUGGGCUCGUACUUCUGGGGCAACCUGGCGGACGCGCGCGGUCGCAAGAAGGCAAUCGUAGGCGCGCUGCUUCUCGACGCCUGCGCAGCAUUCCUCUCCAGCGUUGUGCAGUCCUUCCCCGCCUUCCUAGCUUGCAGGUUUUUCUCCGGGUUUGGUAUAAUUGGUGCAACGGGACUGAUCUUCCCGUACUUCGGGGAUUUCCUAUCGCUGCGGCACAGGGACGUGAUGCUGUGCAGGCUCGAAGUCUUCUGGACCAUUGGGACUAUAUUGUUGCCAGGCAUAGCGUGGCUGAUCAUCCAAGACCCGCGUUUCAACCUGACGGCGAUGGACGCGGACUUUCAGUACAAGUCGUGGCGCGUGUUCGUGGCGGCGUGCGGCCUGCCCAGCCUGCUGGUCGUGCUUCUGCUGAUGCCCUUCCCCGAGAGCCCGCGCUACCUGCUGCACGCCAACAAGCCCGAGCAGGCGCUCGUCGUGCUGCAGCGGAUCUUCAGGGUCAACACAAAGCUGGAAGAGAAAGAUUUCCCCGUGGAGUCGAUGAUGUGCGCUGGUGAGGAGGGCGAGGAGGAGGAGGUGGUGUCGGCGGACACGAACGGCAACGAGACGAAGGCGCCGCUGACCUGGUCCGCGCGCUGGCACGCAUUCUGGUUGCGCAAGAAGCUGCUCGUCACUCCGCCGUACAUCGGCCUGCUCGUGCUCUGCUGCUUCGUCGACUUCGGCCUCAUGUUCAGUUACUACACGCUGAUGAUGUGGUUCCCGGACCUGUUCGAGCGCUUCAGUCAGUUCUCGUCGCUGUACCCGGGCGUGUCCGCUGGAGUCUGCGAGGUCUCCGCCAACGUCUCCCGCAGCGAGAUAGACGGUCGGCCGGACUGCCCGCAGGUGAUAGACGACAAGGUGUACAUCCACACGCUGAUCGUGGCGCUGAGCUGCCUCCCCACCGCGCUCUGGGUCGGACUCACCAUCAACAUGGUCGGCAAGAAGCUCAUGCUAGUGAUGAUGCUGAUCAGCUCCGGUCUGGCGGCGCUGGGGCUGAACCUGGUGCGCUCCUCGCUGGAGAACCUGCUGCUCUCGUGCGUCUUCGAGGCCAUCGUCAGCUGCACGGAGGCCGUACUCUUCUGUGUCAUUUGUGAAAUAUUUCCUACGAAAGUCGCCGCGACCGCGAUGGCGGUGACGGUGAUGAGUGGUCGCGUGGGCGCCAUCGUGGGCAACGUGGUGUUCGGCGCACUCGUCGACCAGUACUGCAUCGUGCCUAUCUACAUGUUCGGCUCUCUGCUCAUAUCGAGCGGGAUGCUGUGUAUAAUCCUUCCGAAGAGCACGCGACCGGAGCGGCCGCAGUGAAAUUUUAUCUAUUUUUAUAUCAAUACUUAAUAUUAAUUUAAUUA